GAGAUUAUAUUGUAAUUCAAGAUUUAUGCAUAGCACGGAUACAUAGGUACCAACAAAUCACUGAAUAUUUUCAUUUAGAGUUCAAAUCAACGUGCCAAUUUAUAUUUUUGUCUAAAAUAUUUAAAUGACAUGCUCAAAAUAUUUUCAAAAUUUAUCCUUGCAAUUAAUAUUGUUAUUUGUUUCACCUCAUGUUCAAUAGCAGGACCACAACCAAGCAAAUGUGUGAGCAGAAAUGCCGAAAUUUUGUUCUUAAUUGACAGUUCAUCAAGCGUCGUUGAAAACGAUCCACCCGGCAACAAUGGUAACAGCUGGAGUUAUGUUAAAAGUUUUUUAAGCGAAGUCAUUCAGCUUUUACCCAUUGACAAAGGAGAAACCAAAGUUGGCGUUAUCACUUUUUCUACCAAAGUCAACACAAACAAUAAUACCGUUUUGUUUUCUAAAACAAAAUCUGUGCUGAAUGUUAUUGCCAAUUUGCCAUACUCUGGAGGUAAUACAAAUACUUCAGGAGCGUUGAGAUAUGCUCGGUCUGUGUUAUUAAACGUAACAACAUUGCAGGGAACGGUGCCUUCGUCAACAUCUUCAUCUUACGAUGUCAAGAAAGUGAUUGUGUUGAUAACGGAUGGAUUAUCAAAUGUUGAUUCUUCUUUAACCCUCCAAGAAGCCAGACUAAACAAACAAUUGUCCAUUGAACAAUAUGCGAUCGGAAUCACCAAGUACAUGAACGAAGAUGAGCUGCAGGAUCUAGUCAGCGACCCUGUUUCGUAUCAUUAUCUGAAUGCGUCAGAUUUCAGCCACCUCAACUUACUGAUCAACGAGCUGCUCCAAAGACUUACUUGCAGCCAGCCACCUCUACCUGAACCUUGUCGAGACACCAGAUCCGACAUAGCGUUUGUUUUAGAUUCGUCUGGAAGCAUAAUUAUUCAGCAUUCCGACAACUCAAGAGAUUUAUCUAACUGGGUGCUAGUAAAAAAUUUUGUCAUUAAUGUAGCCAAAAAUCUCAACAUCGGUCUUAGCCAGACAAGAAUUUCUCUGAUUACGUUCUCGCAUAUUGCUAGAGUAGAGUUUUAUUUGAAAGAUUUCAACGAUUUUGAAUCACUCGCUGCCAACAUAUCGAAAAUUGACAUCAUUGGUUCAGAAACGAAUACGUCAGGAGCGUUGAGACUAAUGAAUGAUGUUGUUUUCAACGUUAAAAACGGUGACCGGCCCGACGUUCCCAACGUCGCCAUCGUCAUGACCGAUGGUCAAUCUAACGUUAAUCAAUCAGAAACUAUUCCCGAGGCUAUAAGAGCAAAAAAUUUUGGUAUAAUUAAUUUUAAAAUUAUCUUUUUACGUAUUUGA